AUGGCGUUCCUACGCCAGACAUGGACACUCACACUGAAGAACUGGAAAAUCAUAUUUCGCCACGCCAUCUCCGCCAUCUUCAUCGCCUUUAUUCUUCCCAUAGCUCUGACCACCUUCUUCAGCUUUGCAAAGAAUCUCUUUGUUCCUCCCGCUGUAUAUGGUGUUUCUGAUCCGAGGCAUAUUCGCACUCUCCCAAACGCUCUCGAUGCUGCCGCCAGCGCUGGGAGACAUAAAGUCGUAUUUGUGAAUGGAGGCUUUUCUGGAGGUGACAUCGACGAGGUCAUUGAUAAACUCGCCGCUUCUGUCGAAAGCGCUGGCAAGACUGCUCUCCGCCGCACGUCCACAACUGAGCUUUCGCUCGACUGUCCUACCAACCUUCGCGGCGUCUCCAAUUGCUACGGAGCCGUUGUCUUCCAGUCAUCGCCUUCAGAGGGACCCGGAGACUACUGGAACUACACCCUUCGCAGCGACGGGGCCUUGCGAAGCAUAGUCAUUGACGUCGACUCGGACAAAAAUGAUGCCCAGAUCUACCUGCUGCCACUACAGAGAGCCGUCGAUGAGGCAAUUGCUUCCGUCCAGGCCGCUUCCGGUUCUGCCUCAACUUCUGUCCAGCAAGGCCCUCUGCCCGGCACUGUCGACGAAUAUCCUUUCACCAGCCUGACUCAAGAAGAGCGUGCCGUCCGCGUCAGGAUUAAUUAUCAAAGUGCCAUCACGAACUGGAUGGGUGUUGCUUUCAUGACCAGCGUUCUCUUCAUCACCUAUCACCUUACGGGCUUCAUUGCGACCGAGCGCGAGAGUGGCAUGAUCCGCCUCGUGGAUGCUAUGAUGCCCGUCAAGCACAGAUGGUUCAGUCAGGCUGCCCGAAUCAUUUCCUACCACGCCGCUUUCACCGUCGUCUACCUUCCGGGCUGGAUUAUAGGAUCAUUGGUGCUACGUGCCGGCGUCUUUGCUCGUACCAACGUUGGCAUCGUGCUUGUAUAUCAUGUCUUGAACGGCAUAGCCAUGGCGUCCCUCUCUAUUCUGGCAUCUUCACUCUUCAAGAAGGCUCAGAUCAGUGGCACCGCGGCCGUACUCGCUAUCAUACUUCUUGGAAUCCUCGCACAGUCCAUUAGCUACCCCAGCACCGCUGCCGUUGGUGUUCUCGCCUUUCUCUUCACGCCAUGCAACUACGUGUACUUCAUUACUUGGAUGGCACGUUGGGAGCGAGAAGACCUCCCAGCCGACCUAUCCAAGGUCGCUCCCAAGAGCCCGUGGGAUAUUUCCGGCAUCAUUCUCUGGGUUUUCUUGAUUAUCCAGAUUUUUGUGUACCCUUUGCUCGGCGCUGUCAUUGAGUCCUCCUUACACGGCACUACUACCAAAGGCAGAACAAUUGUGUUCAACCGUGCUCAAGCUCAUUCCAACACCGACGAGCCGGCUGUGCGCUUGCAAGGCUUCACCAAGGUCUACAGCUCUUCUCCGAUGCGACGUUUGUUUUCCUUCAUCUCAAAGCCACGAGAGUCCGUACGCGCAGUCGACGGUCUAACGUUGGAUGUCCGGAGAGGACAAAUCCUCUGCUUGCUUGGUGCGAACGGUAGCGGAAAGUCCACAACGUUGGACUCUAUUGCUGGCACAAGCAAACUCACAGGCGGCACCAUCACUAUUGACGGUACCGGUGGACUGGGAAUUGCCCCGCAGAAGAAUGUCAUGUGGGAUGACCUGACCGUGGAGCAGCAUAUUGAGAUAUUCAACAGGCUCAAGUCCCCUGGCAAAGGUGCAAGCAAGCAGGAAAUUCAAGACCUAAUCAGGUCUGUUGAUUUGGAGACGAAGGCAAAAGCUGUGUCGAAAUCGCUUUCAGGUGGCCAGAAGCGCAAGCUUCAACUGGGCAUGAUGCUUACAGGAGGAAGCGCGGUUUGCUGUGUCGAUGAGGUCUCGAGUGGCAUCGACCCUCUGUCGCGACGCAAGAUUUGGGAUAUUCUACUAGCUGAGCGCGGAAGACGGACGAUAAUCCUCACAACACACUUUCUCGACGAGGCUGAUCUCCUGGCCGACCACAUCGCUAUUCUCUCCAAGGGCACGCUACGUGCCGAUGGCUCUUCGGUUGAGUUGAAAGAUCGCCUGGGUGGCGGUUACCGAGUCCAUGUGACCAAGGAGACAGGUAUGGGCAACACACCCGACAUCGAAGGGGUUCAGAAGAAGAUACACUUCGACCUGAUAAGCUAUAUCGCCCCAUCUUCUUCACUUGCCGCGCAGGUGAUUCGCACUUUGGAAGCCAACAACUUUCACGACUACCGUUUCUCCGGGCCCACCAUCGAGGACGUCUUUCUUCAAUUGGCGGAGGAAAUCCACGAUUCCAAGGCGAGCGAGAUUGUUCCUGAUUCAGGUUCAGACUUGAAUGAGAAGUGUGUAGCUGGCGACGUUGGCGCUACUCCUCAAGCUGGACUUCAACUCCUGAGCGGUCAGCAAAUUGGAUACAUGCGGCAGGCUGCUAUACUUUUCCGGAAACGAACGACAAUCUUGAAGACAAAUUGGAUUCCCUACCUUGCAGCGUUUGUCUUACCCGUUGCAGCCGCUGGCCUCGUCACCCUGUUCAUCAAAGGCCAAACACAAAGUGGCUGCGCUCCAUCUGAAGAGCGCUCGCUUGAUCAGACGCAAGGGUUCAGUCUGACAGAUUUUACAUGGAAACUAGUCCUCGGUCCCAAUUCACGAUUUGACCUCAACACUGCCGCCAGCGUUCUUCUACCAGUAUUCAACGCUGCCGCCGGCAACUCUGGCAACGGAUCGACCUCUGGGACUGGAACCGACUUCGCAAGGCAACUACUCGCCGAGAACGCCACUUUCACGGACAGCUUCAAAGCCUUCCAAGACACUGUGGUUGCACGGCGGGUCGAGACUGUUCCUGGCGGUAUCUGGCUAGGAGACGACUCCACGGUGCCCACCAUUGCAUACAUGUCGAACUACAACGGUUUACUGAACCCUAUUUUGAGCCAGAACAUCUUGAAUAUGCUCCUUAGCAAUGUUACUGUCAUGAUGGCAUGGGCACCCUUCGCUACGCCUUGGCAGCCCAACGAUGGCAACUCGCUACAGUUCCUCGUAUAUACCGGGAUCGCACUUGCAUGCUACCCAGGCUUCUUCGCCCUAUACCCAAGUCUGGAGCGUCGACGACAGGUUCGUGCCUUACAGUACAGCAACGGAGUUCGAGUUCUGCCCUUGUGGGCGGCUUACUUGGCGUUCGACUUCAUCAUCGUUCUCGCGUCAACAGCUUUGGUUACGAUAAUCUGGGCUGUUUCGUCCGGUAUCUGGUACCACAUAGGCUACAUCUUUCUUGUCUUCAUGCUCUACGGACUGACUGCGAUUCUUCUGGCCUAUGUUAUAUCCCUAUGGUGCAAGACGCAACUGUCUACUUAUGCCUGGGUAGCUGCUGGUCAGGCGGUUCUGUUUUUGGUCUACUUGAUAGCCUACAUGUGCACCAUCACCUAUUCCCCAGUUCCCAAAGUCGAUCGGAACAUUCUCGUUGCUCACUUCGUCAUCUCGGCUUUUGCACCUAUUGGUUCUGUAGUCCGGGCUAUGUUCCUGGUUCUGAACUUAUUCUCAACAGCCUGCGAUGGACGACAACUAGCGGCGUACCCUGGUGGCAUUCUUCAAUACGGCGGGCCAAUCUUGUACUUGGUUCUGCAGUCAAUCCUUCUGUUCGCGCUUCUGCUAUGGGCUGAUAGCGGCUCCGUUGGCUCUUCAGUUCGGCGACUUUGGCAGCGAAAGUAUGACGGGCCAUCGGAUGAUGGCAGUGUCGCCGACGAGGAAGUUUCAAACGAACUGAAAAGAGUCACCACAACAUCGGGUAGCGACGACGGUCUCCGGGUGAUUCAUCUUACCAAGACUUUUGGCAAGAAUACAGCAGUCGAUAACGUAACGUUCGGGCUCAAGCGGUCUCAGGUCUUUGCCCUUUUAGGGCCCAACGGCGCUGGCAAGUCAACUACCAUUUCACUCAUCCGCGGUGACCUCAAGCCAAGUCGGAACGGUGGUGAGAUCCUCGUCGAAGAUCAAUCUGUUAUUCACAACUUGCCUGCUGCUCGAUCUCAUCUUGGUGUCUGCCCUCAGCACGAUGCGUUGGAUCUGAUGACAGUCCGGGAACAUCUAGAGUUUUACGCUCGCAUCCGAGGCGUCCCUGAUAUUCACCACAAUGUCAACACCGUCAUUCACGCCGUUGGUCUUCAGGCAUUCUCGAACCGCAUGGCGGCGGCCCUGAGCGGCGGAAAUGCCCGUAAAUUGAGUCUUGGUAUCGCACUGAUGGGAUCUCCUAGCGUGAUCUUACUCGACGAGCCAUCCUCUGGGCUGGACGCCGCCGCCAAGCGAAUCAUGUGGAAGACGCUGGCGGCCAUCGUCCCAGGCAGAUCUCUCCUCCUCACUACGCAUAGCAUGGAGGAGGCCGAUGCUCUCGCAGACCGCGCAGGAAUUCUAGCAAAGCGAAUGCUUGCUUUGGGCACGACAGAUGAUCUUCGUCAUCGGUUCGGCGAUGCACUCCACGUCCAUCUAAUUAGCAGAACGGCACCGCACACGACACCCGAGGAAACUGCACAGCUUCGCAACUGGGUAAUAUCUACAUUCCCAGGGGCUGAUGUAGAGGAGAAGACGUACCAUGGUCAAAUGCGCUUCUCCGUCCCCGGAAAAGAGGUUCUCGAAGUUUUCGGCGGUGACAAAGUCGGAGACAUCACGCCGGCAGAUACUCACUCCUCAAGUGCGGUUGGCCAACUGGCUGUCAUGCUGGAAGAACAGAAAGGGGCGCUGGGUAUCAAUCAUUUCAGUGUUUCGCCAACCACCUUAGACCAGGUAUUCCUGAAUAUUGUCGGUAAGAACAAUAUCCAAGAGGAGGGCUACAAAGAGCCCGAGAAGAAGCCAUGGUGGCGGUUUGGACGAUGA